AUGGAUUGCAAGAACGUGUUGAUGUCGGAAGGAGUCGUGGAGCCACUUUUCCAGCUUCUCGUGCACAAGGUCACGAUUGAAAAGUUCGACUUGCUGAGAGAUCUCGGUACGAGAGAACAUUGGGCUUCGUGCGCACAGCUACUGAGUGCUCAUAGCUUCGUCUCAGCGAAGAAGAAGGCGCUUCCUGACUGCCCGGAAGACUCGGAAGGUGGAUAUGGUUUUCUCUACGAAGUAGAUUAUGCUCAGCAAUGCACAGAAACGUAG